UAAUAUUUAACACUCCUGCUGCUCUGAUAAACUGUCGGGAGCGUCCGCGCGCAACAGACAAACCGAGUUGUGCUGGAUAAUAACGGAUUUCAGAACCGAGGCUUUCACAUUUCACUCUUAAGAUGGAGAUUGGAAAGUGGCUUUUAGCAGCAUUUGGAAUCGUGGUAAUCGUGGUUUUAAUAGCCGUUCCCACUGCCAUUCUCCUCAAAGAGGAUAAAAGUGAGCCUCAGAAGACUUUUACUCUAGAAGAUUACUUCAAUGGCACUGGAAGAACCAAGUCAUAUAACAUGCGAUGGGUUUCAGAUGAUGAGUAUUUUCACAAGACUGGAGAAGGGUCAGUGUUUCUGUUCAAUGCCACCACAGGAAACGGAAAUGAAUUUGUGAACCAACAGAUAUUUGCCCGUGUGGCAGCGUUUGAUUACCUGGUGUCAGCCGAUCGAAAAUACGUCUGUUUUCUGAGCAACUACACUAAGCUAUGGAGACACACUUAUACUGCAUCAUAUUCCAUCUACGACCUGGAAAAAAGGGAUUUUAUAAAUACAGAUAUCCCGCAUGAUGUCCAGUACUUAGCAUGGUCUCCAACCGGCCACAAGCUAGCAUUUGUGUGGAAAUACAACGUUUAUGUGAAGGAAUCUCCCAACUCGGCGUUCAAGCAGGUUACUACAAACGGAGCUCAUAACCUGAUCCUUAAUGGCGUUCCUGACUGGGUGUAUGAGGAGGAAAUGUUCUCCACUAAUUCUGCUUUAUGGUGGUCACCAAAUGGGACGUUUGUGGCCUACGCCGAAUUUAACGAUUCAGAAGUCCACAAUAUUGAGUAUACUUAUUUUGGAGAAGGGCAAUAUCCAGAAACUGUCUUUAUUCCAUAUCCCAAGGCUGGAACUCCAAACCCAACGGUAAAACUGUUCGUUUUUGAUACAAACACAAACGUGAUCAAGCAAGUCUCGGUUCCCAGUGAUGUUGGUGCAGGAGAGCACUAUCUGAGCAGUGUCACAUGGGCGUCAGACCAGCGAAUCGCAGUGCAGUGGCAGAAAAGGACACAGAAUUAUGUCGUUUUGAAUUCGUAUGACUUCAACGAUGGAAACUGGACCGAAAGUUUAUUGAGCCAAAUCAUCACAAGCAGCACAGGUUGGGUUGGUCGGUUUUCUCCAGAUGAACCUGUUUUUCGACCAGAUGGAGACAGUUGUUAUUACAUUUUAAGUAACGAUGAGCGUUUUAAGCACCUUGCUUAUUUCUUUGGAACACAAAGGAUAUUUCUGACCAGAGGGAAGUGGGAGGUCAUUAGCAUCCUUAAGGUCACAAAUAAUGCAUUAUACUUUGUGAGUAAUGAACAUAAUGAGAGUCCGGGCCAGAGGAAUGUUUACAAAAUCACGAUAAAUGGUGCUUCUCAUUCAGAGAGAGAGUGUCUGACCUGUUCGCUAAAUGCAGAUCGCUGCAAAUAUAAUUCUGCCAUGUUUAGCACUGAAGGAAGCUACUACCUCAUGAGCUGUUCCGGGCCUGGACUGCCUCUGUAUACACUGAGAAACAGCCAAGCAGAGUUGAGAGUUCUUGAAAACAACAGCGCACUGGAAGAUAAACUGCAGGAAAUCGCAAUGCCAUCAAAUAUGUAUGGCAAGCUAAAGAUCGGAGAGUUUGACCUCUGGUACCAGAUGAUUCUGCCUCCCAAAUUCGACAAAUCCAAAAAAUAUCCUCUUCUUAUUGACGUAUACGCGGGGCCCUGCAGUCAGAAGUCAGAUUUCCGCUUCAGGGUGGGAUGGUCCACAUAUUUGGCCAGCACUGAGAGGGUGAUCGUCGCCAGCUUUGAUGGGAGAGGAAGUGGUUACCAAGGAGACCAAAUCAUGCAUGCCCUCUACAAACGACUCGGGACUUAUGAAGUCGAGGAUCAGAUAACAGCUGCUAGACAGUUUAUCGACAUGGGCUUCAUAGAUAAAAGCAGGAUUGCCAUCUGGGGCUGGUCAUAUGGAGGUUACGUGACUUCAAUGGUCCUGGGAGCUGGAAGUGGAGUGUUUAAAUGUGGUAUGGCUGUCGCGCCGGUGUCUAAAUGGGAAUAUUAUGACUCUAUCUACACGGAGCGGUACAUGCUCACGCCAGCAGAGAAUCAGGCCUUUUAUGAUAAUUCCACAGUGACGGGAAGAGCCAAGAGUUUUAAAUCUGUGCAGUAUCUACUGGUGCACGGCACCGCUGACGAUAAUGUUCACUUCCAGCAAGCAGCUCAGAUCUCAAAAGCACUCGUGGAUGAACAAGUGGAUUUUGACACAAUGUGGUACACAGAUGAAGACCACAGUCUCGGCGGCUCAGCCAAUCAGCACGUCUACACUCACAUGACUCACUUUCUGAAAAACUGCUUUGCUUGAGAAACGCUGGAGAAAUGGCGGCACUGAAUCAACGUUACUUCCAGACGCACUUCAGCACGUCACAGCGUGAGCUACUGUACUGUGAGCAAUGCACAUUUGUAUUCACACACACACACUCCUGUACAACCUCACAGACUGAGUCACAUGUCUGGAACACACAGAACGCUGCAGAGAAAGACCAGAUGAACACACAGCUUGAUGAACUAGCAACUCAAAUAUGACUAUAUACUCAAUAUUGUUAUUCUUGUUUAAACUAAGUAAUUUUUAGAUUUUGAAAUAACAGUAAUAAUAAUAAUAAUAAUAGUUGUUGUUAUUAUUAUUAUUAUCAUUUUUAUUAUUAUUAUUAUUAAUACAUUUUGAAAGCUGGGGAAAGCAGUGUAUUUGCUAGUUAUUUGCUAGCUAUUUAUGUAAAAUACACAAGAAAAAAAUUGAUGGUUAAUUUGAAAUUAUUAUUAUGAAAGUUUAAAGCAGAAAAAAUGGAAUAA